AUGAAAUUUAACGCAAAAACAUUUAUUAACCUUUUUAAUCUUAAAAAAAAAAACAAAAGAUCCUCAAAUGAAAAAAAAUGGUUGGACAAAGCAAUUAAACAGAAAAGAAUUAAUCUUAAAGAUUACAGUAUAUUUUCUGAUAUUACUUAUAUCAAUAAAGGUGCUUCGGGACAAAUUUAUAGAGCUAAAUGGAACAAUGUAUAUGUAGCAUUGAAAGAAAUUAAAGAUGACAGUGAUAUGAAACGAUUUGUUUACGAGUUUAGAUCACAUAAACGAGUUGAUUAUCACGACAAUAUUUUGAAUAUUCACGGGAUAACGAAAGAUCCCAACUCGGGCAAUUAUUUAUUGGUUUUGCAAUAUGCAAACCACGGGACGCUCCAAGAAUAUUUGUCUGCGAAUGCUGAUAAAUUGGAUUGGGAAAACAAACUACGUUUGGCAUAUCAGCUUGCUAGUGGUAUACAAACAUUGCACCAUGAAGGAAUAAUUCAUCGAGACUUGCAUCUUUAUCCGUACAAUAUAAGAGAAAAUAAGGUCGAUGGAACACCUGAGGAAUACUUUGACUUAUACACCAGAUGUUGGGAUGCAGAACCAGAUAAUCGACCUGAUAUCAAAUUUGUUGUUGAAUGUCUUGAAGAACUAAGGAAACAUUACACUGUACCAAAUUCUAAAAAGAAUUCUACGAAUGAACACUUACAAAAUGCUUCGAUAGAUCCUAACAAUUAUCUUGAUUUGCACGAACUUAUAAAUAGACGAGAUCUGCGUAUGAAACAAAUGAUGGGUGGCACUAGUAAGAAUGAUAAAUAUAUUAGUGACUAUAACAACAACGGCAGUAAUGACGUCACGCCCGAAGAAAAUUUUGCAUCUGCUGAUAAUAAAAAUGACAAUGAUGAUAAAGAUACCGACGACCAGAAAUUGAUAAAUCGUGCUCGCAGCUCUAGUCACUCCAACAACAUAAUACCUCAAGAGCCUUCAAAAGAUCUAAAGGAAUGGUUGGAUAAAGAAAAGGCAAUUAUUUUUCCUUACAGUAUAUUUUCUGAUAUUGCUUAUAUCAAUGAAGGUGCUUCGGGAAAAAUUUAUAGAGCUAAAUGGAAGAGCGAUAUAGAUGUAGCAUUGAAAGAAAUUAAAGAUGACGUUGAUUCGAGACGAUUUAUUUACGAAUUUAGUUCACAUAAACAAGUUGAUUAUGACGACAGUAUUUUGAAUAUUUACGGAGUAACACAAGAUCCUGACUCGAGAAAUUAUUUAUUGGUUUUGCAAUUCGCCAACCACGGGACGCUCCAUGAAUAUUUGUCUGUAAACGCUGAUAAAUUGUAUUGGGGAAACAAACUACGUUUAGCAUAUCAGCUUGCUAGUGGUAUACAAACAUUACACCAAGAAGGAAUAAUUCAUCGAGAUUUGCAUGCUCGAAAUAUUCUUGUAGUUAAUAACAAUAUUAAAAUUUCGGAUUUUGGAUUAUCAGGAUCCAGAAAACAAGUUUACGGGAACAUAAAAUAUACAGAUCUCAGAUACCCCAAAGAUGAGAAAUCGGACAUCUUUAGUUUAGGAGUUUUGUUAUGGCAAAUUUCAAGUUGUAAACCGCCGUAUGAAUCAAUUAAAGAUGUCCGGGAUAUUCAUCUGAAUAAUCUAAGAGAAACUAAAGUCGAUGGAACACCUGAAGUGUACUUUGGUUUGUACACCAGGUGUUGGGAUCCAGAACCAAAUAAUCGACCUGAUAUCAAAUCUGUCGUUGAAUGUCUUGACGAACUAAGACAACAUUAUUACACUGUACCAAAUAUUAUUCAAGAGUAUCCGAGCGGGUACUUACAAAGUGCUUCGACAGAUCAUAGCCAUAGCAGUGGAACGUAUCAUAAGCUUGAAUUGCACGAACUUAUAAAUGAACGCCAUAUGAAACAAACUAUGGGCAGCACUAGUAAUAGUAAUCAAUACAUUAGUGACUCUAGCAUUGGUGACAUUAACAACAAUGACAAUAAUGACAAUACAAUUAACAUUGAUAACUCUUUUAAUAAGAAAGCAUCAAAUAUAAUUUCUUUAAAAUCUCUAGGUGCCGCGAUUGGAGCUGAUAGGCCAGAGGAAGAUGAUUUAGAAGAAGAUCUCGCCAAACGUUCCGCUGAUCCAUACUACUACAAGAAGAAAUACCACCACUACUACAAACGUGAUGCAUACUACAAGAAGAAGCACGAUUACUACAAACGUAGUGAAGAUGAAGAUGAAGAAGAUUUAGCCAAGCGUUCCGCCGAACCAUACUACUACAAGAAGAAGCACGAUUACUACAAACGUGAUGCCGAUGCUGAAGCAUACUACAAGAAGAAGCACGAUUACUACAAACCAUACUACAAGAAGAAACACGAUUACUACAAACGUGAUGCCGAUGCUGAAGCAUACUACAAGAAGAAACACGAUUACUACAAACCUGAUAGGCCAGAGGAAGAUGAUUUAGAAGAAGAUCUCGCCAAACGUUCCGCUGAUCCAUACUACUACAAGAAGAAAUACCACCACUACUACAAACGUGAUGCAUACUACAAGAAGAAGCACGAUUACUACAAACGUAGUGAAGAUGAAGAUGAAGAAGAUUUAGCCAAGCGUUCCGCCGAACCAUACUACAAGAAGAAGCACGAUUACUACAAACGUGAUGCCGAUGCUGAAGCAUACUACAAGAAGAAACACGAUUACUACAAACGUGAUGCCGAUGCUGAAGCAUACUACAAGAAGAAACACGAUUACUACAAACGUGAUGCCGAUGCUGAAGCAUACUACAAGAAGAAACACGAUUACUACAAACGUGAUGCCGAUGCUGAAGCAUACUACAAGAAGAAACACGAUUACUACAAACGUGAUGCCGAUGCUGAAGCAUACUACAAGAAGAAGAACUAUUACUAUUAA